AUAAGUUGUGUCGAGGGUUAUUAGUCAACGAACACAGAUAUGGGUGAGAGAGUGGAGUGGUCGAAUCUUCCGAGGGAUCUGUUGGUAAUGAUCGGAAGAAGCCUCGACGCUCGCGUCGAUGUUCUCCGAUUUCGCGGCGUCUGUACCUCCUGGCGUUCCUCUAUCCCUUCCUUUCACGCUCACUCUCCUCGCUUCCCUCUCAAAUUCCCUGAACCUUUCAGCGCGCUCGAGUCAGCGUCAAUGUUACGAGUCCCACAACCGCAACUUUAUCUCUGCGAGAGCACUCUCUAUCUUCUUCAACCGGAAAAUCCUUUUCCAACUUCAUCUUCUUCUUGUUGCAAUAAGGGCUGGUUGAUCAAGGUCCAAGAGUCAAAUUCAGGCAAAUUACAUCUUUUAGAUCCACUCCCCAGCCACAAAUACAGGUUCUCCCCUGUUCCCCCAAAUACUCUGAACUUAUUGAACUUCCGGGUCGUGGAAUUAAGAAAAGCGCAUAUGCUUGGAUUUCACGUUCCCACUCCACGCAGAUCAGAAACUGAAAGAAGUUCUGCCCUCAGUUACCGCUCUGUUCCUUGGGUGAACAAAGUUGUGAUGAUAACGAGUUCAGCUUGGACUGAUGCUGACGAGUCUGCGGUUUUCGUGAUAUUUAGUGAUGGGAAAUUGGCUUUCGCGAAAUUUGGGGAUGAGAAGUGGACCCUUGUCGGUGAUGCGAGUGUUGAAUACGAUGAUAUUAUUGUUUACAAGGGUCAGUUCUAUGUUGUUGAUAGAUUGGGAAAUGUUUCAUGGAUCAGAUGUUCAUCUUUGGAGCUGGUACCGUUUUCGCCUCCGCUGUGUGGUUUGGGUAAUCAGAAGCAUCUGGUGGAGUCGUGUGGAGCUCUUUAUGUUGUUGAUCGAUACCUUGACAGGGAACGGAGGACGAUAGUGACGCAGCCAUGUUUUCCCAAGACAGUUGAUUUCAAAGUGUAUAAGUUGGAUGAAGAGGAGUGUGGAUGGGUUUUGUUGAGAAGCUUGGGUGAUCGAGCAUUUGUUUUGAGCACUGAUUGGUGUCUCUCCGUUUUGGCUCAAGAGUUUGUGGGAUGUAAAGGGAAUUGCAUUUACUUCUUUGAUCAACAUGAAACUCAUGUUUUUAGUUUAGAGGAUAGCAGCUUUGCCGAUUUCGAAUUUUCCAUGGAUGAUUCUCAUCUAUUCUGGGAAGCCCCAACUUUGCUUACCUCUGCUAAUCCAUGAAUAUAUUUUCUUUGGUUGGGAUCCCUCACAAUUGGUUGUUUGAUUGCAUGCGAUUUGUACAGCUCCACAGAAAAGGGGGUCUGCAAGGUCAUUUGUUUCAAACAAGUGGGCCUUACACCUAGACUGUAUGGGAGAGGUUGGCCCUCUAGUCCCUCUCUUUAUGGAGCUAUUUGAAUUACACCAUUGGAACAGCUAAUUGUAAGGAGUCCUGUUUCUAUUUUGCGGGUGUUGGCAAUGGGUAUAAUUACACAUAUUUGGAUCUUGUUAUAGAAUUAAAAUGCUAUGCUACACAGCAUGUGUCUGUCUGUCUAUUCAGAACUUCAAACCUAGAGGAAGCUGAAAUGGUCGAAGCAUGGAUUUUGCAGACCAUACUGCUGCCAUCUGUCUAAUUUGUUUGAUGGCUAUGUAAAGCUGAGCAGUUUCUGACAUUAAGCUUUGCUUCAACCCCUCUUAGGAUAUAUUUUCCUACACUGUAAUGAUUGGAAAUAAAAAUGAGUGUUAUCAAGAAUAUAAGAUUCUGGAAUGAAAUGAUCAUUCUAUUCAUUCGUUUGGCGACAACAUGCGAAUGAUCAAUUUUCCUAACUGUAAAAUUGUGAAUGUGUUAAGAUGCUGAGGGAAAGGGGUUUUUGGCAAAUAAGAAUACCGCAAUUAUGCUCAUGGUGUUGGUGGAAAAUCUUAAAGCUUAGGGGCAUAACUAGGAAAUGUAUACAAUUCAAGUUGGGAGAUGGAAGAAGCAUCUAUGAUUGGUGGCAUCUGAAUGGGGUUUUAUAUGAGAACUUUGGAUAUCGUAUUGUCAAUGAUGCUGGUGGGAGAAUUGAGGAUAAGGUGUCAUCGGUAUUAAAAGAAGGAAACUGGUGCUGGAAGGCAGCAAGAAUUGAGGAUAGGCUGUCAACAGAAGAAAACCUUAUUAAAUGGGGAUUCACGGGCGAUCUCUUUUUUGUUUUUUGCAGAAGUUAUGUGGAGGGUAGGGGUAUCUCUUUUUCCAAUGUGGUUUCAGACAAAGGUUGUGGAGGGAGACAUUAAGUAAAUGUUUGACUAAUGGUCCUAUCCUCAAUUGGGAAGGCAUUAUAUCUUGAGGAGAAAAAUAGUUGAAGGGUCGAACAUUAAGAGCAACUCUAUGCAGACUCAGCUUUGGAGCAGUGUUGUACAAUGUGUGGAAACAAAGAACUGAUGUUAAACAUGGUAAUCUAUUAAAGACAGAGGAAAGAAUUGUUAAGCAAACCACAUGAGAGAUCAGAUCAAGAAUUAUGAGCAGAUGCAAGUUUAGUUUGACAAGGGACAAUGUGGAGUUAUGUAACAGAUGGAAUCUGCUGGAGAAUCUCCUUAAAGAAUAAUUCAGAUGUUGAUUUUGUUUUGCAGAUGUAGUGUACUUCUUUAGAUUUUGGCUGAAUUUUGUUUCACUUGAUAUACUGGAGUCUGGAGAUAUGGCUUUUGAUUGUAGAAUAGAAGAGUACUGGUUGUUUCUCAGUAAGGAUAGUUGUUUUUUUCGUGCUUCUUCAUAAAUGUGUUUCAAUUACUACAAUGUUGUGUAGGAUAAAGGAGUCAAUAACUAGGAUAAUAUCCAAUAGAGAAA